AUGCUCUUCCAAGAGAGAGAGAGAGAGAGAGAGGGAGAUGAAAAGGGGUUUGAAUUUCUGAGGACCCUUUCCCGGCGCCGGUAAUGGGUCGUUGUUCUUUUCUCAUGAGAUGGCAUCACCUUCACAAGCCGUUGAAGCUCUUGAUUUUGCUGUGUAUUCUGUUUCUAGCUCAAAAUGAAGUGGUUUGGGGCUCCGAUUCGGAUAAAUCUGCGCUCUUGGAGUUCAAGGUUUCGCUUUCGGACCCUCAUGGAGUGCUGAGCAGCUGGAAUUCGGAUGGUGGGGAUCACUGCUCGUGGACCGGGGUUUCUUGCGAUGCGGGUUCUCGGGUAGUAGCCUUGAAUAUUACUGGUGGAGGUAAUUCGUUGUCUUGUGCUAGAAUUGGUCAAUUUCCACUUUAUGGGUUUGGGAUUAGGAGGCCUUGCUUGGGUGGAAAUAGUGGCGUUAAAGUCUUGGGUAAACUGUCCACAGCUGUUGCUAAGCUUAGUGAGCUUAAGAUUUUAUCACUGCCUUUCAAUGAAAUAAAUGGUGAAAUUCCUGUGGAGAUUUGGGGAAUGGAAAAGCUUGAGGUUCUUGACCUUGAAGGGAAUUUGAUUUCUGGAUCUUUACCUUCUCAGUUCAGUGGGUCGAAGAAUUUGCGAGUUCUUAACUUAGGAUUCAAUGAGAUCUUUGGGGGAAUACCAAGUUCAUUGUCGAAUUGCGUAGGUCUUCAAGUUCUGAAUUUAGCUGGGAAUCAAUUUAAUGGAUCAAUUCCAGGGUUUAUUGGUGGCUUUAGAGGUUUGAUUGGGCUUUACUUGUCGUUUAAUCUACUCAGUGGAUCGAUUCCAGUUGAGAUUGGGGACAAUUGUGGGAAGCUCGAAUAUUUGGAGCUUGCAGGGAAUUAUUUGACUGAAGCUAUUCCCGGAAACCUUGGGAACUGUAGAGGGUUGAAGACCCUUUUGCUGUACUCUAAUAUGUUGGAAGAGGUUAUUCCGAGUGAACUUGGUCAGUUGAGUGAGCUUGAAGUGCUGGACAUCUCAAGAAACAAUUUUGGGGGUGCCAUACCAUCUGAAAUUGGUAAUUGUACGAAGUUAUCGGUUCUCGUGUUGUCAAACUUAUGGGAUCCUCUUCCUAACAUUUCGAGUUUGCGAGGUGGUUAUUUAAUGGAAAAGUUGGCAGUUACUGCUGAUGAGUACAAUUUUUAUGAAGGGACAAUACCAAGUGGAAUUACUAGUCUCUCAACCUUGAGGAUGGUGUGGGCUCCUAGAGCUACUCUGGAAGGAAGCUUCCCUGCUAGUUGGGGUUCUUGCACCAACUUGGAAGUGUUGAAUUUGGCUCAGAACUAUUACUCCGGGAGAAUCUCAAAGGGAUUCAGCAACUGCACGAGGCUGCAGUUUCUUGACUUGAGCUCAAACAGACUUACUGGAGAGAUCACUGACAAAGUUCCUGUACCUUGUAUGAAACUGUUUGAUAUCAGUGGGAAUUAUCUCUCAGGUUCAAUACCAAAAUUCAAUUACAGAUCUUGUGCCCCUAUCCAGUCCCUGCAUUCCGUAUGGCCUUAUGAUCCUUCUUCUGCUUAUAUAUCAUAUUUUGGAUACAGAUCUCAGAUUGAAUCCCCUUUUCAAUUUUCCGGGGAUGGUGAUAGUUCCUUGGUAUUACAUAAUUUUGGUUCUAACGACCUUACUGGCCCAGUGCAAUCUAUGCCUAUUGCAUCCGAAAGACUAGGAAAACAAACUAUCUAUGCAUUUCUUGCUGGCAGAAACAGGCUUACUGGAUAUUUUCCUGGAGCUUUCUUCGAGAAGUGUGAUUUAGUGAGAGGUAUGAUAGUAAAUGUCAGUAACAAUGGGUUAUCUGGUCAGAUUCCAAUAGAUAUGGACUCAGUGUGCAAGUCCCUGAUGCUCCUAGAUGCUUCCAGUAAUAAAAUUUCUGGAACUCUUCCUCCCAGCAUUGGCAACUUGGUUUCACUUUUUGUCCUUAAUUUAAGCUGGAAUUCUUUGCCAGGUUCCAUUCCCAGCAACCUUGGUCGGAUGAAGAAUAUCAAAUCCCUCUCUUUGGCUGGAAAUAACCUGAAUGGUUCAAUCCCUGCGAGUCUAGGGCAGUUAUAUUCCCUGGAAGUUCUUGACUUGUCUUCAAAUUUGCUAUCUGGUGAAAUUCCAAAAGAUCUUGCGAAUUUGAGGAACUUGUCAGUCCUCCUCCUGGACAAUAAUAAACUAUCUGGGCAGCUCCCACCUGAAUUGGCAAAUAUAUCCACUCUCUCAGCAUUUAAUGUGUCCUUCAAUAAUUUGUCUGGUCCUCUGCCUCCAAACAAUAACAUGAUCAAAUGCAAUAGCUUUCUUGGAAAUCCUUCGCUGCACUGCCCCAUGUUCUCUUUAUCUUCGCCUUCUGCUGAUCAACAGGGAAGAGUAGGGGACUCACAGACUGAUGCUUCUUCUCCAUCAUCAACUCCAAGAAAAAAAGGAGGGAAUGGCAGUCUGAACGCAAUUGAGAUUGCUUCUAUAACGUCAGCAGCAGCUGUUGUGUCGGUUCUUCUUGCCCUUAUUGUUCUCUUCUUUUACACAAGAAAGUGGAAACCGAGGUCUAGAGUAAGUGGAACUGCUAGAAAGGAAGUGAUUGUCUUCACUGAUAUUGGGUUUCCACUGACAUUUGAGAAUGUGGUGCAUGCUACGGGGAGUUUCAAUGCAAGCAACUGCAUCGGGAAUGGAGGUUUUGGGGCAACAUACAAAGCAGAAAUUGCACCUGGUGUCCUAUUGGCCGUAAAACGGCUUGCAGUAGGACGAUUCCAAGGGGUUCAACAAUUUGACGCAGAAAUCAAAACACUGGGUAGGCUUCGCCAUCCAAACCUUGUGACUUUGAUCGGGUAUCAUGCGAGUGAAACAGAGAUGUUUCUUAUAUACAAUUAUUUGCCGGGCGGCAAUCUGGAGAAGUUUGUACAGGAGAGAUCCGCUAGAGCUGUUGACUGGAGGAUACUGCACAAGAUUGCGUUGGACAUUGCACGUGCACUUGCCUACCUGCAUGAUCACUGUGUCCCUCGUGUUCUGCACCGCGAUGUGAAGCCUAGCAAUAUAUUGUUGGAUGAGGACUAUAAUGCCUAUCUUUCUGAUUUUGGAUUAGCUAGGCUUCUUGGAACUUCAGAAACUCAUGCCACAACUGGUGUGGCUGGGACGUUUGGAUAUGUUGCUCCAGAAUAUGCAAUGACUUGCCGUGUCUCUGACAAGGCUGAUGUUUAUAGCUAUGGGGUCGUGUUGCUCGAGUUGAUAUCCGACAAGAAAGCACUGGAUCCCUCCUUUUCUUCCUAUGGGAAUGGUUUCAACAUCGUUGCUUGGGCAUGUAUGCUAUUGCGACAAGGCCAUGCCAAGGAGUUCUUUACCCCUGGGCUGUGGGAUACAGGCCCACAUGAUGAUUUGGUUGAAGUGCUACACUUGGCGGUGGUGUGCACCGUUGACUCUCUUUCUACACGGCCAACCAUGAAACAGGUGGUGAGACGGCUAAAGCAACUCCAGCCUCCGUCUUGCUAGCUAUAAACAAGAAUUAUUUGAUUUGACAUAGCAACCCAUAGAAAGAAGGAAAGCCCAACUGUAAUUUGUGACUCUGCGCUUCUAUGAGCAGUGCUUUCGGUUUUCUUUAUUGGGCUGUCAUUGGUCUUGUACCAGUAGCUACUUGUAAAUUGUAGUAUAGCAUUGGCCCCAUUUUUCCCUGCCAUGUCCUGGAUUGUUAGGGGGUUCACUAAUGUUUCUGCAGAAGAAUGCAGAUAUUUGUUUCUGAUGCUGUAUACUUGUAUCUCUUUCCUAUUUGUUGUUGAAAUAAUAACAAAGAACAGGCUUCUUGCAAGAA